GACAUCGGCCCCACACCAUUUGGGGGAACAAUUGUCCUAGCAGCACUAUAUAAAAUCUCACCUUCCACAAUUAUAUUCCGCCCAUUGCAAACACACUUCACUUUCUCUUCCUUCAUCAAAUCUUUAUUUUGAAAUCAACAUGAAGUUCAUACUCUUCCUUGCUUUAUUCUUGUUCCUCCAAAGAGCUCUUGGUGAUCUGAUAUGCGAGGAAUUACCAGUGGAAAUGUGUACGCUUUCAAUUGAUUCAAGUGGAAAGAGGUGUGUGCUGGAGAGUACCACGUCUGGUGAAGAAGGAAAGUUUGAAAUGCAGUGCCAGACUUCAGAAGUGUUUGCAAGUAACAAAAGGUUGCAGGAAUAUAUAGAGACAGAUGAAUGUGUUGGUGCAUGUGGGGUUGAUAGACAAUCUCUUGGGUUGUCUUCAGACUCACUUCUUGAUUCUAAAUUCAUUUCCAAGCUCUGUUCACAUCAGUGUUACAACAACUGUCCCAACAUUGUUGAUCUUUACUCCAAUUUGGCUUCUGCAGAAGGUGGUGCAGGGGUAUCAUUGCCAGAAAUGUGCUCGUCGCAGAAAACUGGUCUAGGCCGGGGAACUUCUAAGCUUCUAAGUUCAGGUGCUGCUGCUCCUGGCGGUUAUGGUGGUGGUCAAGUUUCUGCCGCAGCUCCUUCUCAAGAUGCUGCAGCUCCCUCUCAAAAUGAUGCAGCUCCUGCUGCUCCUGUCGGUUAUGGUGGUGGUCAAGAUGCUGCAGCUCCUCAAAAUGCUGAAGCUCCUCCUCCUCAAAAUGCUGAAGCUCCUUCUCAAAAUUAUGCAGCCCCUUCUCAAGAUGCUGCAGCUCCUUCUCAAAAUGCUGAAGCUCCUUCUCAAGAUGCUGCAGCUCCACCUCCUUCUCAAUAUUGAGUUGGUUAAAUUGUAGUGCUCUUCCUAAUAAAUGUGUACAACACUCGCACACGUUCUAUAUGCCAACAUCUAUCACAAUUGUCACUUUUAAUGAUUUGAUGGAUAAAUUAAUCACUUGUAUUAAAUAGAGUCACUUGUGCAAUAUGGGAUAUAUAGUUGGUGUUUAUGUACUUCCCUCAGUUCAAUA